CGGAAGUGUUUCGUUCGGUUCGAAGAACAGCGUAGCGCACUAGGUAACCGGAAGUAUCGCGUUCUUGUCCGGACGUCCUAAGAGGGAAUCGCUCGCAAAGGCUACCGGGAGGCGUGGUUUUGGAGCGCGCUUCUUCACUUGGAGCGAGUGCGCGUGCGCCGCGCCGGUCCUCUCCGGUCUGGAUCAUGGCCGCGCGGUCUCUGUGGGCGGUCCGGCGGCGGGUGCAGCGCCUCCUGGCCUCGCGUAGCAGGGGAUGGCUACACCCAUUCAGCACUGCCACCCAGAGAACUGCUGGUGAAGACUGCAGUUCCGAUGACCCUCCUGAUGAGCUUGGGCCCUCUCUAGCUGAACGAGCCUUAAAACUAAAAGCUGUUAAACUGGAGAAGGAAGUCCAGGAUUUAACACUGAGAUACCAGAGAGCUGUAGCUGAUUGUGAAAAUAUAAGGAGAAGAACUCAGAGAUGUGUGGAAGAUGCCAAGAUAUUUGGAAUCCAGAGUUUCUGUAAGGACUUGGUGGAGGUAGCAGACAUUUUGGAGAAGACUACUGAGUGCAUUUCUGAAGAAACAGAACCUGGGAACGAAAAGCUCACUCUGGAGAAAGUUUUCCGAGGGUUGUCACUUUUAGAAGCAAAGCUGAAAAGUGUGUUUACCAAGCAUGGCCUGGAGAAGAUGACUCCCAUUGGUGAUAAAUAUGACCCUCAUGAGCAUGAACUCAUCUGUCAUGUGCCAGCUGGUGUUGGGGUACAACCUGGCACAGUGGCAUUAGUAAGACAAGAUGGCUACAAACUUCAUGGUCGUACCAUUAGACUUGCUCAAGUGGAAGUGGCAGUGGAGUCUCAAAGAAGAUUAUAAACAGGCCAUGAAGAACUGAAUGUUCUCCCAGAGUGCAGUCACCUGUGUUUCCUUUAUUUAUUAAACUAGGUUUGUAUGUACAUGAGGUACUUCAUGUGAUCUGCUUUGGAUUUAGUCAUAUUGGCUUUAUUUCUAUGAUACUCUUAUUAAAUUUAUGUGACCUGUUUGGUCUCAUCAGAAGUCUUGCCAUUGAGCAUUUGAACAAUGUGACAAGUGUUCCUAUGGCCUUUAUCAAAAUGUGUUUACAAAAAUUAUUUUUAAAUUGGUACUCUGAUGACUUUGAAUCCAAAAUCCUCUUUUUAACUGUAUAUUUUCAACGAAUGGUUGAAAUUAGUACAGUAUCUUGUAUAGCGUCUUGUAUUUUGUGGGAAAAGGAGACAGUAGGAAUUGGUUCAACUUUUGGAUAUUUAGAUGAUAAAGCUUUACACUUGUAUACGUUUAGAUUGUUUGGAUUGGUUUUUAUAUACAUAGAUUUUUCAGGAUUUCCCCUUUUUGUUUUAUUCUUUUCUGUUUAACCAUCCUUUGUUCUUGUAGUCCCUGCUAGACUUCAUACUGCUUUGUUCUGCUAUACUUACCCCUUUCCAAUUCCAUUUGGAAGGCAGGGAGCAUUAGGAGAUUCAAGAUUUCUGUAUCCCUUUAAAGCAAGGAAUUACUUUUUUAGCCUUACUAUGUAUACAAUAAUUUCAGAUAAACUGAGGCAGUACCAACACUAAUGAUCCAAAUGAGUGGGUAUUGGUAGUUACCUACAAUUGCUCAUUCCACCAGCCCCAACUCCUAUGUCCUAUUGGUUAAAUUUGCCUUAGGCUCCUAUAUUAAAUUAUGAGGAGAGGUGAUCGGGACAAAAAUGUUGUGUUCCCACAAUUUUUCAUUUCACUUGGUUAUGUUGAGUUUUUUGUUUUUGUUUUUUCUUUUUCUUUAAUUGGUACUAACAGAUCACUGCUUCUCUUAACAUUGACAAACUUUAUUUUUUGUUUUUGUUUUUGCAGUGCUGGGGAUUGAACCCAAGGUCUCAUGCAUGCUAGACUAGUGCUCUCCCACUAUGCUACAUCCCCAAGCCUGACAAAUUUUAAUCCCUAGUUUUUAUAUCCAUCUUAAGUCACAUUUGUAUAAACAUCUAGCUUCCCUAUUAUUAACCUCCUAAAGCUAAUGGGCCUCUGUGGGGUUUUUUAGUCUUACAACUGGUAUUGUGUAAAAGAUGUGUCAAAUAAAUGACUUAAUGAAUAAUAACAUCAGUGAGGCUUUAGAAAGGAGGUCAGUUACACAUAUUUUAAUGUUAGGAGAGACUUCUAAUCUUACCCUUUCAGCUUCUGAAGUAUAAGAAUCUAGUAUUUUUAGGAUUGGACCCAAAGCAGGUGGGGGGAAGUCUAUAAACAAGUGACCAAACUUCAAUAAGAGCUUGUAUAAGGAGUAAGUAUAGAUGUUAAUUUCAAACAUUUAAAGAUUACAUACAGAUACAUCCCCAGCAGACAGUCACUUGCAACAUGUCCAGAUUAUAUAGAUUUAAGUUGGUCACUAGAACUUGGUGAUCCUGUGUAAAAGCAAAAACUGGCUUCUCUCCACCCUUUAGGUCCUUUGGCUACAAAUUAAACUUACUCAAGACCGAUUAACAGGAGAAAAAUCAUAUUUCAUUGUAUACCUGUACAUGGGACUCCCACAAAAUAAUGAUACUUAAAAAGAGUCAGAUAGUUCAAGCUUAUAGCAUCCUGAGCUACAGAGCAGGGCCUUGGCAGGUGAGUGGGAGUGGGGAACAUGGAGGAAACCGGUAAAUAGAGGUGUUUUAUUAUGCAGAAAGGAAGGUAACGUGGGUUUGAUCUCCAUCACCACACACACCAAAAAAGGGCAGGUAACAAAAGUUGUCUAGCAGUCCCCUCUUAUACAGAUACCUUUAGUAAUACAGGUUUCCUAUCUAGGUAAAAGUUUAUUUUACAAAAGAACAACUUUUCAGAGCUACUUCUCUGUCUGCAGUUUCUCAGAAUAUCCAACUCAAAAUACUCCAAAGAAGUAUAUUUUGGGGGUAGUAAGUUAUCCCCUUAGACAAUGUAGUCAAUUCUAAGACAUUACACAUAUAUGUGUAUGUAUCAAUAAAGGGAUCCCCUGUGGCCCUACCAUCUUCAUCAGAUCUAAACACUUAAAAAAAAAACAGGGACUGAGGGUGGUGUGCCUCCAGUGUGCACCAAAUGGGGAGGGGCCGGUAAACAUGCACUUUUAAAUUGCAGUCAAAGGUGUUUUUGACACUUCACCAAGUGCACACUAAAUUUAAUGAGCAUUCAAAUUUCACUAUAGUGAUUUGUCCUUUUCUGCCUUUGUUCCUGUGAGAUUGACAGAUGGUAACAAUAAGAAAUUGAGUCAAUUAAAUUGUCCACAUGUGUUUUGGGAUUACUAGCUAUCAUUACCAGUGAACUACUUAACUAUAAUUUUAGGAAUGGAAGGUUCUCAUUACCUGAAAGAGUUUUCUGAUACCUUUUCCAAGUCCUGUUUUUGCAAGCAGAUUGAGAAUAAUUUUAGAUUCUUUUAUUAUUCAGUAGUUUGGCAGACUUGAAGCAUAAAUUUUGAAUUAGAUGAUGAAAUGGUAAUAGUAAAAAAAAAAUAAAAACAAAAAAUCCCAAGUCAAAAGGCUUUAGGGAGCCAAAGCAGCAUAAUA